AUGCACGAAAUCUUAACGCUACAAUUUGGGCAGCAGGCCAACUAUGUUGGAACGCAUUUCUGGAACACACAGGAGUCGUACUUCACAUACGGCGAUGAAGAACAAUCACCGAUCGACCACGAUAUAUCAUUUCGCGCAGGCAUCGCUGCAGAUGGUUCCGACACAUACACUCCCCGAACGGUCAUAUAUGACCUUAAAGGCGCAUUUGGCACACUUCGACGAGAAAACGCACUCUACGAGCUUCAAAAUCCACAAGAUCCGACACAGCUAGGUUCUUGGGCGGGUGGGGCAAUACCCCUAGUGCUACCAUCUAUCACGCAAAGCGCAUAUCAGCAAGCAUUAGAUUCUGGUGCUGAGCCGCCUUCACUGAGCUCCGACACUGUGCGCUUUUGGUCUGAUUACAAUCGCGUCUUUUACCAUCCCAAGAGUAUCGUUCAACUCAACGAGUAUGAGGUGAACAGCUCACUGAUGCCAUUCGAACGAUGGCAGACAGGUGAGGAGUUAUUCACCGGACUAGAUCGAGAAUAUGAUCUACUAGAUCGCGACCUCCGACCUUUUCUCGAGGAGUGCGAUCAUCUCCAGGGUAUACAGAUACUGACCAGUACCGAUGAUGCCUGGGGAGGAUUUGCUGCGAAAUACCUUGAACGGGUCGCUGAUGAUCUCGGGAAAGGCUGCAGAUGGGUAUUCGGCUUUCAAGACGAACAGCGCAUGACCCGAGAGCGUAAGCUACUUCAGCGUGCCAAUACUGCUCAAUCAACCUUUGUAUUGGAUUCUGUAGCGAGCGUUCAGAUACCCCUGGGAAACGUUCCAAGAGCUCUGCCCCCUCAUAUCCAACUUGGCUCACAAAGUAGAUGGGAAACGUCAGCUUUACAAAGUGCAGCGAUUGAGACGAUGACUUUACCCGCUCGCUUGAGGAGCACGGAAAGCGCAAGGGCGAAGCUCGAUGCCCUUGAAGCAGUCCUCAACGGAGACGGCAAGCGACGUGUGGCAGCGUGCACAAUGACUAUCCAUCAAGAAGCGCUUCACAGCGGACAAGAUCCCGAAACAUUCGACGUUGAUCUGUUCCCAAGUUCAUCGCAAUUGUUCGGCACUCGAAACGAGUCCACCUCAAGAGCUCAUAUAUUCAGUCAAGUCAAAAUUCUGCGCGGAGAUCGUGAUCAGCUCGCAGACGACGACGAAGAGAGCCAUGAAGCGUACCGAAGACGAAUUGGAGAUUUUCGAGACUCUUCUCAUUUGUCUUCGCUUGCUUUCCCUCUGCUAUCAUCAUUUCCAGGCAUAUUUCAAUCUACACGGUCUCCUCGUAAUGUCGACAUCGAUGUUUCUGUUAUUACAUCCACACGUAUUGCGGAACGCAUACGAGCUAUCGAGGCGGAUGCUCGGCGAUUGAUCGGGCUGGACGAACGCGAAGCCCUCUGUGAGGGACUCGCGGUGAUGGCUGAAGAAUACGCAGACGGAUGGUCGAGUGACGAAGAUGAUGACGAAGAUUGA